AUGAAUGAAACAAUUGCGAAGACUUUGAUUCUAAAUAAAGGAUUUCCCGAGAGAAUCGUCCAUUUGGACCUAAAAGGAGCCCCACUUCGCGUCGAUGCCUAUCGAGAGCUUUUCCCACUUUUGCAUCAAAAUGGAGCCACCGGACUUCUUAUUGAAUACGAGGAUAUGUUCCCAUUCACGGGAAGACUCUCAACUCUCGCAAGACGCAAUGCUUAUUCAAAAGAGGACAUUCAACAAAUAAUACAACUAUCGACCUCCUCGAAUCUCGAAGUGAUUCCUUUAGUGCAAACAUUCGGUCAUCUCGAAUUCGUCCUUAAACAGCCGCCAUUCACGAAACUUUCCGAAAAUGCUUUAGAACUGAACACGAUUUGCAUCUCGAAUAACGAGAGCUGGACGGUGAUUACAGAGAUGAUCGAUCAGAUUCGUUCCCUUCACCAAUCAUCCACGAGAAUUCAUAUCGGCGCCGAUGAAGCCUAUCAUGUGGGCGAAGAUGCGAUCUGUCGGGAAAAAUUGAAGAAAACUUUCGAUGAGCACAAGGAUUCGAUGGGAGUUGCGCAUAUAGCCAGGCGAGUAGUU